CGUCGUCACGUGAUUGAGUCAAGAUGGCGUCGCCCAGCUGCUUGUGGCUCUUGAUCCUCGCUCUGUUGCCGGGGUUCUGCGCUGCCAUAGCGCUGGGGCAUCUCGACCCGCCCGCGCCACUGCCGCUGGUGAUCUGGCAUGGGAUGGGAGACAGCUGUUGUAAUCCCUUAAGCAUGGGUGCUAUUAAAAAAAUGGUUGAGAAGAAAAUACCUGGAAUUUACGUUCUAUCUUUAGAGAUUGGGAAGACCCUGAUAGAGGAUGUGGAGAACAGCUUCUUCUUGAAUGUCAACUCCCAAGUAAAGACAGUGUGUCAGAUUCUUGCUAAGGAUCCUAAAUUGCAACAAGGCUACAAUGCUAUGGGAUUCUCCCAGGGAGGCCAAUUUCUGAGGGCAGUGGCUCAGAGAUGCCCAUCACCUCCCAUGAUCAACCUCAUCUCCAUUGGGGGACAACAUCAAGGUGUUUUUGGACUCCCUCGAUGCCCAGGAGAGAGCUCUCACAUCUGUGACUUGAUCAGAAAAACACUGAAUGCUGGGGCUUACAACAAAGCUGUCCAAGAACGCCUGGUGCAAGCAGAAUACUGGCAUGACCCCAUAAAGGAGGACGUAUACCGCAACCACAGCAUCUUCUUGGCAGAUAUUAACCAAGAGAGAGGUGUCAAUGAGUCCUACAAGAAAAACCUGAUGGCCCUGAAAAAGUUUGUGAUGGUGAAAUUCCUCAAUGAUUCCAUUGUGGACCCUGUGGAUUCUGAGUGGUUUGGAUUUUACAGAAGUGGCCAAGCCAAGGAAACCAUUCCCUUACAGGAGAGCACCUUGUACACACAGGACCGCCUGGGACUAAAGGAAAUGGACAAUGCAGGACAACUGGUGUUCCUAGCUGUGGAAGGGGACCACCUUCAACUGUCUGAAGAAUGGUUUUAUACCCACAUCAUACCCUUCCUUGAGUGAAACCCUGGCAGUUUGCACCAGAGCUCAGGGAACCCCUCACACUUCCAAACCAGUUCCCUACACGCCCACGCCUGAGCUCAGAUCCAGCUUGCAACUAAUCCUCUCUAGUCAUCCUCUAACACACCGUGCCCGGAAAGAUCUAAGAUAUGAAUCUUAUCGUUUGCCUCAUCCUAUCAGCAUAUGGUGUUAAAUGCAAGUUUAAUUAGCUAAUAA